UCAGAUGUUGCCAUCUAAAACGCAUGCCUUGAAAGGCGACAAGUGCGCGGGAGGUAAGAACAGCAAGUUGCGGAUAACCGUUCUUCUCUGUGCCAAUAUGGACGGCAGUGACCGGCGGCUACGUUUUGUUAUUGGCAAGUCACGUAAGCCGCGAUGCUUUGGAAGCUACGUGCCCGUACGCUACAGGAACAAUACGAAAGCCUGGAUGAGCCGCGACUUAUUCGCCGAGUGGCUUGUUGAGUUUGACCGCGACAUGGCACGAAAAAACAGGAAGGUCCUGCCCGUGCUGGAUAACUGUGCGGCGCACCAUGUGCAGCUUUCCUUGAGUGCAGUGACAGUACUCUUCUUGCUUCCCAAUGCAACCUGCAAAAUUCAGCCCCUGGAUAUGGGCAUUAUUCAUGCGUUCAAGGUGUGCUACCGGCGGCGCGUCAUCCAACGCUUGUUGAUCGCAAUUGAUCGGCCAGAUGCCGCCAUGCUGGUUCGCAUCAGCUUGCUUGCCGCCGUGGAGAUGUUGAAGGCGGCGUGGAUGGAACUCACCGCGGAGUGCAUAGCAAAUUGCUUCCGCAAGGCGGGUUUUAUGGGCCCAGGCACCGAGGACGCCAUAGAUCACCCACAGGAAGGCCGGUCGCACGAGGACUUGUGGCAACGCGUCGUUGACACGCAGCUGGCCGGACCUGACGUUGCCUGGGACGAUUUCGUUUCUGCUGAUGACGACGCCAACAUCACGGAGCCGUGCACUGACGAAGCUAUUGUGCGUGAAGUGCGAGCCCUUCCCAACUGCCCAGAGACCGACGAGGACGAUGACGAGGAUGCUGCUCUACCGCCGGUUGCUGUGAACGCUUCAACCGCGAUCGGUUACAUUGCGUCGCUUAAGGAAGUCGUGUGCAGCAGAGGUCUUGGUGAUGAACAUAUUACCGUGCUGGAAAAAUUAGAAACGGCAGUGAUGCGAUCAGCUUUGAAGAAGCAGACUUGCAUCAUGGACUUUUUUCAAAAAUAAAGUUAACUUUCUUCUCGCUUG